AUGGCCGUGGCUCUGGGACAGGCCGGCGCCCGCAUCGUUCUGGUCGCCCGUCGCCAACAGCCCCUGGCUGACGCCGUCUCGGAUCUGGAGAAGCUGGGAGUGACGGCGCACGCCCAUCCGGCCGACGUGGCGGACCGCGACGCUCUCAAGGCUACCGUUGACACCAUCCUCCAGAGCUAUGGCGCGCCAGACAUCCUAGUCAACGCCGCGGGCAUCAACCUCCGUCCACCUCUGUCUGAUCUCACCGAGUCCGACUGGGACGCCACCCUCGCCGCGAACCUGACGGCGCCCUUCAUCCUGGGCCAGGCGUGCGGGCCCCUCAUGGCCGCCCGCGGGUCGGGCCGCAUCAUCAACGUCGUCUCGCAGCAGGCAUUCAGGGCGUACGGCAACAGCGGCGCAUACGGCGCCAGCAAGGCCGGGCUGGUGGCCCUGACGCGGAGCCAGGCCGAGGCGUGGAGCAGCCGGGGCGUCAUGUGCAACGCCGUGGCGCCCGGGGUCGUGCAGACGCCCCUGACGGCUGCGGUGUUUGAAGACGAGGACAGGGCGAGGGCCCAUGCGGCGAGGACCAUGGUUGGGAGGAAUGGCGCGCCGGAGGACUUUGAGGGCGUGGUUGUGUGGUUGGCUAGUCGGGCGAGCGAUGCGGUGACGGGGCAGACGAUCUUUGUGGAUGGUGGCUAUUCGGCGACAUAA